UUUAAAAUUACUCGUUAACACUGUUGCAAAGAUGUGUUUUAAGCCGCGGCUCGGCCUAAGAAGAAUUAACAAGCAAGUACACAAAUGGCUGAAUCGUCAACAAUAUGCUGCUGCAAGUACGGUCCCAGUUGUGGUCCAAUAUCAUGAUGAGCCAGACAAAUCAGAUGGAGACAGAAAACUUUACCGAGCCUUAAGUUUAUCGAAUGGACUACGGGCCAUGCUUAUAUCAGAUCCUUUUAUUGACGAUCCGCCAAUCCAUCGAGAGUCCCGCGAAAGUGUUAAUUCUUCGAUCGAGCAAUUUCAUGGUAAAUUAGCGGCUUGUGCAGUACUUGUUGGCGUUGGAUCAUUUAGUGAACCACGCAAAUAUCAGGGAUUAGCUCAUUUUGUGGAACAUAUGAUCUUUAUGGGAUCUGAGAAAUUUCCGGUUGAGAAUGAAUUUGACUCGUUUGUAACGAAAAGCGGGGGCUUUAGCAAUGCGCAUACUGAGAACGAGGAGACAUGUUUCUACUUCGAGGUGGAUGAAUCCCACCUUGAUAGGAGUAUGGAUCUUUUUAUGAAUUUGAUAAAGGCUCCGCUAAUGCUGCCCGAUGCCAUGAAUCGCGAACGUUCUGCUGUCCAGUCUGAAUUCGAACAGACUUUUAUGAGAGACGAAGUCCGAAGAGAUCAGAUUUUGGCCAGCUUAGCCAGUGAUGAAUACCCACAUGGCACUUUUAGCUGGGGUAAUUUUAAAUCUCUUCAACAGGGCGUUGAUGAUACCGAGCUGCACAAGGAACUUCACAAGUUUUGUCGAAAUCAUUACGGUUCGAAUCGAAUGAUAGUAGCAAUUCAAGCGCAACUUUCAUUAGACGAACUAGAGGAAUUGCUAAUUCGCCAUUGCGCAGAUAUACCCAUUAGCCAGGUGAAUGCUGAGGACGUAUCCAAAUUUAAUUACCAAAAGGCAUUCCGAGAAGAGUUCUUUAAGGACGUAUUAUUAGUGCAGCCGGUGGAAGAUGUGUGCAGACUUGAGUUAACUUGGGUUUUGCCACCAAUGAAGAAUUUUUAUCGCAGUAAACCGGACUCUUUUAUAUCCCAAUUGAUUGGUUAUGAGGGAGUAGGCAGUUUAUGUUCGUAUUUACGUAGACGUCUCUGGUGCAUUAGCGUAAUGUCAGGCGUUGGAGGAAGUAGUUUUGACUCAAACUCUAUAUACUCAUUAUUCAAUAUUUGUAUAUACCUCACAGACGAUGGGUUUGAACACCUAGACGAAGUAUUGGAAGCCACAUUUUCAUGGAUUAAGCUUCUUAUUAACAGUGAAGAACUUGAGGCUUCUUAUAAAGAAUUUCAACAAAUUGCUAAUAACAAUUUUCGGUUUCAAAUUGAAGUACCCUCUAUUGAUAAUGUUCAAAGUAUUGUUGAGAACUUUAACUACCUUCCAUCAAAAGAUGUACUUUCAGGACCACAGCUCUAUUUUCAAUAUGAUAAAUCGGAUUUUCAGCUUUUAAAAGAUCACAUUAAUAAGUUCAAUUUUAAUAUAAUGAUUUCAUCCUAUAUACCGUAUGAACAGAAUGAUUACGAUCAGAAAGAACCAUGGUUUGGAACUCAAUUCAAAACCAUUUCUAUGCCCGCAAAAUGGAUAACUAUGUGGGACAAACCAUCAACAUUAAAGGAACUACAUUACCCGGAACCUAAUCCAUUUGUAACGACUGAUUUUACACUUUAUUGGGAAGAAGCUGGAAAACCACAUAUAUCGAGGAGUCCUAAAGCUUUAAUUAAAAAUGAUUUAUGCGAGCUAUGGUUUCGGCAGGAUAACAUUUUCCAUCUACCCGACGGUUACAUAAAUCUUUACUUCAUUACACCGUUGGUUCGGGAGAGUGUUAAACAUUAUAUGCUCGGUGUUCUUUACACCUAUUUAGUUGAAUUCACAAUUGCCGAGCAAUUAUAUCCAGCCUUAGAAGCAGGUCUAACUUAUGGCCUUUAUAUUGGUGAUAAAGGAUUGGUAAUGCGGGUCAGUGGCUAUAAUGAGAAGCUUCCCCUCUUGGUAGAGAUAAUACUAAACGUAAUGCGAACUAUUGAAUUGGAUGUGGCUCAAGUUAAGUCGUUCAAGGAUCUUAAGAAGCGGCAAAUAUAUAAUGGUCUGAUAAACGGAAAAACUCUUAACCUUGAUUUGCGCCUUAGCGUAUUGGAAAAUCAGCGUUUUAGCAUGAUUUCCAAAUAUGAGGUGAUCGAUGCUAUAACAGUCGAUGAUGUUAAAGACUUUAAGGAUAAUUUUCAUAAGAAUAUGUAUGUAAAAAGUUUAAUACAAGGGAAUUUCACUGAAGAACAAGCAAAAGAUUUAAUGGAAAAAGUUCUUCUCACAUAUAACAGCGAAAAAGUAGAGAAUUUAUCGGCAUUGGAUAAUAACUUACUGCAAUUGCCUUUAGGAUCUCAUUAUUUAAAGGCCAAAACUCUUAAUGAGGAUGACUCAAAUACAAUUAUAACAAACUACUAUCAAAUAGGACCAAGUGAUCUGAAACUAGAAUGUUUGAUGGAUCUGAUAGAGUUGAUAGUAGAGGAACCAUUUUUCAAUCAAUUACGGACCCAAGAGCAGUUGGGUUACAGUCUAGGGAUACAUCAGCGAAUUGGCUUUGGUGUGAUGGCUUUUCUAAUUACCAUAAACACUCAAGAGACAAAACAUAAAGCUGAAUAUGUAGAGCAACGUAUUGAAGCUUUUAGGUCUCGAAUGUCUGAACUUGUCUCACAGAUGAGUGAUAUGGAGUUCCAGAAUAUUCGAGAAACUCUAAUCGGUGGAAAAAGGCUGGGCGACACCAGCUUAGAUGAGGAAGUAAUGCGAAAUUGGAGUGAAAUCGUUACCAAGGAAUACUUCUUCAAUCGUUUGGAAAUGCAAAUUCAAAUGCUAAACAUUUUAACGAAGGAUGAUGUUUUGACUUUCUUGAAUGACUAUGAUAAAAAUAAUUUAAGAAAACUUUCCGUGCAAGUUGUGGGAAAGCAUAUUUUACCAACAGAUGCAACAAGCCAAAAUACCUUUCAAAACACCAGUCGUUCCGGAUCUUUGGCAGACAUUUUGGAGGAUGUACAGCGUGACAUCUCGAGUCAUCAAAUUUUAACGAAGCCAUUGACCGAUAAGAUCAAAAUUGAGUUUUUGGGAGAGAGCGAUGACCCUUCGAACAUUAAGGACAUUUCCGCCUUUAAAAAAUCGCUCUAUGUCUACCCAUUGAUCAACACUAAUCCAAACCUUGCAAACAAAUCUUAACAAUUAU